UUCAAGCAGUAUGGACAGGCUGUUCUCUCGCUCGUUCCCCAACCAGAUCCAGAUGCUCAUGCUCAGCCUCCUUAUUGGUGUUCAGGCCGUCAAAGACCCCUGGCCCCCCUGCACAUUGAACAGGGCUGUGGGGGAAUCAGCUCAGUUGCAGCUGAACUUCUCUGAGCACUCCUCCAUCCGAGAGAUUGAGUGGAACUGGAAUUCUGGAGAUGAGAAAAAUCAGCUUUUGGUGUCCUGGAAGCUAGGCGGCAUUGAGUGGUAUGAUUUUGAUGAAAAAUACAAGCACAGAUUCCACCUGGCAGAGAUGGCUUUCUUAAACAUCAGUAAUCUCAUUGUGGAAAUGAAUGGACUAUAUGAAGCAAAAAUCAAAUACCACUCUGGACAGUUCGAAGAGGACGUCAUCCGACUCUGUGUGUACGAGCUCAUCCUUCACCCCAAGAUCCUGACUCAUUCAUCACUGAGCACAUCAGACUGGUGUAACAUCACCCUGGAGUGUGUGGCCUUGAACGGCACAAAGGACCUGACAGUGACCUGGUUGGACAAGGGCCUUCCUGGGCAGCUGGAGCUGAGAGACCCACUUGGGCCAGCCCCCACCUAUAGAAAUCUCAGCCUGAGCUUGCCCUUGCCCCUGAGCCAGGGGAACUCUCACCUCACCUGUAUGGUCAGCAACCCUGUGGAUCAAAAAAAUGUUACCUUGGACCUGGGGGGCAUCUGUCUGUGGAUGGAUUCUCUUUGGAGCAAGUGGAUUUGGAAGUGCAUCUUUCCCAUGGUUCUGGUGGUAAGCCUGGGAGUAGUGGGAGUGUAUAUCUGGAAGAGGAGGCAGAUGGAGCCUGAGAGAGGGCCCAGCUCAACUUCACACUCUCUGAUUGUACCUCCAAGUGAACAUGGAGGGUCUUCUCUCCUGCCUGGGGGUCCCAGCUCAGCAGCAGCCCACCAUGCCCUCCCCACAGAAAACAGUGUGGACCUGUACAGCAGAAAAAUCGACAACUCCGACUAUAACUACUGCGAGAUUGGCCUACUAAGGUACCCUAAGACGGGCACCGAGGAGGGCAGUGGGCACACGAGUAAUCCGGAACAGAUCCUGACAGGAGUCUAAGAGGGUCACGAGGACCCCGGGACACAGGGCUCACGAAGACACAGUGGAUAUGAAUUGUAGGGGUGUUUUUUUUCCCCUUCCUACUUUAAUUUGUCAGUUUGUAUUUGUUUUGUGCCUGUUCCAUCAAAGAAAUAGCAAUAACGACAACAGUAACACAACGCCAAGUCCUAUUGUCUUUGAGUGCCACACACGUCGACCCCGUGUGUUACAGCAUAGAAGCACUUUGUAGGGUUGCCUUUAAGGAAAGCAGGUUGCCAGGCCUCCCUUCUGAAGAAUCACCAACCUAGAAAAUGGUUUCCAUUUAAGCGUGUUGUUUGUAAUCAUUGUCAUAUCAUUUAAAGAUGUAUGGAUUAAAGAUGAAAGCAAGGACGUGGCUGUCAUCUAGUCGGUCCUGACUGACAGCAACCCCCCGUGUGCAGAGUGCACUUGCUCCCGGGGGUCCUCACGGCUCUGACUUUUCAGGAGCAGAGCACCAGGGAUUGCUUUGAGGCAGCUUCUCAAUGAAUUCAAAUCGCCAGCCUCCUAGUUCAUAGUCAAGCAGUGAACCACUCGGACCACCCAGGAAUACCUGUGAUACGUACAAAUGUCAUGUGCUUUAGCUUAUAUAAUAUGAACUGAAAAAUGUAAACCAAGCAAAUCACAUAUAUACAACGGGGUGGGGUUUUUUUCUUUGAUUUUCUGAAAUGAAGUCAUCUAUGUUAGAAUUAAGAGGCAAAAGCUGGAGCUUCACAUCAGAUCCUGUGUUUGAUUGUUUUUUAAAAAGCCUCGUAGUGCUAAAUCGUUAUUCACAUGCUUUGUUUUGGUAUGACACCUGCCUACUAAGUUUGUUUAUUUGUUCAAGUUAGCUUUAUUCAUAACAAACUCAGUUAGGUUGGGGAAAUUUCAUAGAUUUGUAAAAUGGUUUCAUUCACCUAACAAUAAAGUUAGCAUUACAACA